AUGCCGUCCUGCUCUGUUUGUGGUGUUUCAUUUGUAUCAAUUACUGGUGUUCAUCAACAUCUUACAAUUCACCAUCCUUCUACUGAUUUGUCUAGUAAUUUAAAGUGCAAGACUGAAGGCUGUUUGCGUAUAUUUACGGGAUGGCAAAAACUUCGUCAUCAUUUUAUUCGGGACCAUAAGUUUCCAAUUCGAGCCAAUGUGUCUAAUGCUAGGAAAAACGACAAACUUAAUAAGAAAAAAGCUGAGGAAACAGAAGAGAAUUGUGAUGGUUUUGAAUCCAACUCAGCUGAUGAUUUGUUUCAUGGAGAUGUUUCUGGCAAUGCUUCCCCGAGUAAACUAGGAGAAUUGGCAGUCGCUAAUGCUUCGUCCUUUCUGACUAAAUUUUAUGCAAACCCUCGCAUUCCGAGAAAUCACAUUCAAGAUAUUGUCCAAAAUGUUAGUGUUUUCCUCCAAGAUAUCAUAUCAUAUCUUACCCCAUCCCUUUUAAAUGUCAUGACUGAUGCCUCUAUUGAUGAGAAGUUGAAAGAAAGUCAAAUUAAAUCUUUGCUGGGAAUUAUAGUUCAACCUUUUGAGGAAACCCUGUCUACUGAGUAUAGAAGAUUUAAAUAUUUAAAAGAAAGUGGGAACUUCAUUGAGGCAGUUGAUUAUAUUGUAGGAGAUCGAGUGGAUAAUAAGUAUGCUCGUGGUGUGAUGUCUAAGAAGAGAGUGAGUGUGAAGGGAAAAUAUGUUCCCGUAAAAUCAAUUCUGGAGAAGUUAUUUUGUCUACCUGAUGUCUAUUUCAAAGUGAAGGCUUACGUUGAAUAUCUUGAGAAAGAAUUUGAGUCGGGGAUUAUAUCUAAUUUUAUGCAAGGUAAGCUGUGGAAAAUGAAAAUUGCUAAGUUUCAUGGGACUGAUGAUUUGGUUCUGCCCAUCUUCUUAUAUUUUGAUGAUUUCGAAGUUGGAAAUCCAAUUGGCCCCCACUCUGGUUUGUAUAAGCUUGGAGCGGUGUACUUUUCCUUGCCUUGCCUCCCUCCUGAAUUUCAGUCAUCAAUUGAAAAUGUAUUCUUGAGUUUGUUGUUUCAUGCUUCUGACAGAGCCAUACCAGAAGAUGGUAACUUUUAUGUCUUCCAGGAAUUUAUUGAUGAUUUGAAUAUUUUAGAAUCUCAGGGUAUAACUAUUCCUGUUGAUGGCCAAAUGGUUAAAAUUCACUUUAUUGCAUCACUUCUUUUGGCAGACAAUCUUGGUUUCCAUCAAGCUCUGGGCUUUGCUGGGGGGUUCACUGCUAACUACUACUGCCGGUUCUGUAAAAGUCAUAAAAGUGAGAUGUGUUGUAUGCUUGAAGAGUGUGCAUUAACUUUAAGGAAAGUUCAAGAUUAUAAUAGUGAUGUGGAUCUGGGUAUGACAAUGUCUGGUGUUGCUGAAAAUUCUGUUUGGAACUCCUUGUCAUCGUUCCAUGUGUAUGAAAAUUACUCUGUAGACAUUUUGCAUGAUCUGCUUCUUGGUGUGUGUAAAACCGAUAUGGCUUUGAUCUUACAUCACUUUGUUAUUGUUAAAAAAUGUGUCAGUGUGUCAGUUUUAAACUCAAGAAUUAAUUCUUAUAACUAUACUCUAAAUGGUUUUGAAAACCGACCAUCGUGUAUCAUUGAGGAGGACUUGAAAGAGUCCAAAAUUAGAAUGACUGGUAUAGAACUUUUGAACUUUUGUCUCUUGUUUGGUUUCUUUGUUUAUGACUUGAUUGGAAUUGAGUGUAAAACUAGUCCGCACUGGUCUCUUUAUCUGGCUCUCAGAGGAAUUCUUGAUAUAGCCACAGCCAAAUCAUUUCAAAAGGAAUGUAUUGAUACUGUCCCUGGUCUUAUAAGGGAACAUCACAGAAUCAGAGUGAUUGACUUGAAGUCUCCUUUACUUCCAAAAGACCACUGGCUUUUGCAUUAUUUUAUGGUUUUAAUAUUUUCUGGUCCUGUUGCUCACUUAUCAACAGCAAAAUAUGAGUCAAAACAUAAGUUACUGAAAACUAUGGCCAACAGCUCUACUUCAAGAGUGUUUAUCUCUCAUACCAUAGCUUUGAAGGAGCAGCUUAGUCUUUGUUUUCGAUUAGAAAGCAAGAGAGGUCUAGAAGUUGGUUUCUCAUCUGGACCAUCUCAUCUUGUACAAACUUUAUACCUUGAUGGCUCUUAUAAAUACCGUAACUCUCUACCUUUAGAGUUUAAAGACUUCUGUAAUGUUGUACCAUGGGUUGAACUUAACGGGAUCUGUUAUCAUAACCAUUCUUUCGUUGCUGUUGUUAGUGAAAGUGAAUCAUUGUUCCCGUUAUUUGCUCAAAUUCACAAGUGUAUUCUCAGUGACACGCAUCGUGUCUGCUUUGUCCUAAAGUUGUAUGAAACCCAGUCUUUUGACGAAAUGUUGCAUGCAUAUGUAAUUGAAGAAUCGUCCCACUUCAUCUGUAAAUAUAUCCAUGAACUGUAUUAUCCUUUCCUGCCCAUCCACUACCAAAUGGGGCGGAAACAUUUUAUCACUUUACGCCAAAUGAUCUAG